GCUUCAUUCAGUUGUUAGUCGAGCUCCGAACAUGGCCAGGACAACGGGGGAUCCCGCCAAGCGUCAGAAAUGCAUUGCUCGCAUUAAGUUCUGGCGAAGAUCGCGAGUGGGCAGCGAGUAUGUGCAUGCACUUGAGAAAUACUACCCAAUACCCAAUACUAAUCUGUCACUAUAUUUGAAUAGUAUUACUCUGGGAAUCCUCAAGUAUAAAGUGGUCUCCAACAAAUCGCAACGCUUUCAGUUUUCCAAGAUAAACGCUUUCCUGCGUCGGGCCGUAAGGGAUGAUUACAGAUACAGCGGUUCCUUCCAAGAGGCCAUCAAACCAGUACUCAUUAUUGCCCAGAUCUUUGCGCUGAUGCCUGUGCGUGGCAUAGGUUCAAAGUUGGCCGAAGACCUAACCUUCGCCUGGUCCAGUGCUCGCACAUAUUAUGCUUUGGCAAUGAUGAUAUCUUUUGGGAUUACCUCUGGAUAUAUCGUUGCCUUCAUGACGAAUAUUUCCUUCGACUUUGAUUCGGUGGAGACCAUGGUGUUCUAUGGAUCCAUAUUCCUCAUCUCGAUGUCUUUUCUGCAGCUCGCAACGAGAUGGCCAGCCAUUGCCCAGGAGUGGCAGGCAGUGGAAACCAAGCUGCCGCCGCUGCGGCUGGGAAAGGAACGCCGAUCGCUGGCCCAUCACAUCAAGAUGAUUACGCUGGUGGCCACCACAUGCUCUCUGGUGGAGCACCUGCUGAGCAUGACAUCCACGAUGACCUAUUCAGUGGCUUGUCCGCGCUGGCCCGGUCAUCCCGUUGACAACUUUCUGUACUUCAACUUCGCGACCGUGUUCCAUUUCGUAGACUACUCCACUUUCCUAGGUCUGUUAGGCAAGGUGAUAAAUGUGCUGAGCACUUUUGCCUGGAAUUUUAACGACAUCUUUGUGAUGGCCGUCAGUGUGGCACUGGCAUCACGUUUCCGGCAUCUCAACGAUUACAUGCAGCGCGAAGCAAGAUCGGCCACCACAGUGGACUACUGGAUGCAGUGCAGGGUCAAUUUCCGGAACCUUUGCAAACUCUGCCAAGUCGUAGACGAUGGCAUCUCCACCAUAACUCUCCUCUGCUUCAGCAACAAUUUGUAUUUCAUUUGUGGAAAGAUACUGAAGAGCAUGCAGACGAAGCCCUCUGCCUCGCACACCAUGUACUUCUGGUUCUCGCUCACGUAUUUGCUGGGCCGCACACUCGUUCUGUCGCUUUACAGCUCCAGCAUCAAUGACGAGUCCAAGCGACCGCUGCGCAUUUUUCGUAUGGUGCCCAGAGAGUAUUGGUGCGAUGAGGAAAGCCAGGACAGAGCUUCCAUUUUAUUCAGAAAAAGUAAUCUUUUACUUUUUAUUUUAGCUCAAACGCUUUUCCGAGGAGGUGCAUAUGGACACGGUGGCAUUGACGGGCAUGAAGUUCUUUCGUCUGACGCGUGGCGUUGUCAUUUCGGUGGCAGGAACUAUCGUGACCUACGAGCUUAUUCUGCUACAGUUCAACAAGGAGGAAACGACGGCGUUUACCUGUGAAAAUGCCUAAUGUGGCAAGGGGAGGCCACAAAUUGUGUGUAGUUUUAUUGUCGC